CGCGGUCAAGUGUAUGUGUCCGUGGGAUUAGAGUCGACAGACACACAGUGAGUGAAGAUGGCGAUGAGAGCGGCGCUGCGGUGCCUGUCUGCAAACUUUUCUCCCAGACUCUGCCUCUUCUCUCCGGCAGCGCAGCUUUCGGGCCCACGGCUGCUGUGGAGGAGCGGCUCUCCGCGGACACUGAGCACCACCACGGCCCUGUCCACAGCGCUAAAGUUCACAGAUAAGCAUGAAUGGGUGCGAGUAGAAGGUGGCAUUGGCACAGUUGGUAUCAGCAGUUACGCACAGGAAGCUUUAGGGGAUGUGGUGUACUGUGGACUCCCUGAAAUUGGCCAAAGCCUUGAACAAAUGGAGGAAUUUGGUGCCUUGGAAAGUGUGAAGGCUGCCAGUGAGCUAUACUCACCACUGACAGGUGAAGUGACUGAUAUCAACACAGAGCUGGCAGAAAACCCAGGGCUUGUGAAUAAAGACUGCUAUGCAGACGGGUGGCUAAUCAAGAUGACAAUUCAAAAACCUGAAGAACUUGACGGCCUCAUGGAUCAAGCUGCAUAUGAUAAAUUUAUAAAGUCACUUGAUGAAUAAACUGAUGAGCUCUCUGAACUGUUUUGUAAUGUAAUCGCAGUCAACUAUUAGUUGUCAGGUUUACUAACAUCUUUUGUGACACUCAUCAUCUGUGAUAUUUAUUUUGAUACUUUAACAACUACUUGAGUAACAACUUCCACUUAGAAGAUUAGGUCUUAUUUAUCCAUUAGCCAUUUAAAAUGUGACUAAUAUAAAAAAUAUGACAGCAUUAUUGUCUUCUUUCUCACCUUAGAUAUAUUUUAAAUAUUCAUAGAUGUGUUGUGUCACAUUCAUGUAAUAAAUUUGGUCUUUACAUUUAAA